CCAGCUGAGGACCUGUUCAAGGAGACGUUCAAGCGAUACAAGAAGAAGAAUGCAGACCUCAGUGAUACCAUAGAUCUCUCCAGACCGACACCGGUCGGCCCUGAGCUCAUUAGGCUGCAAGACCCUGUUAUUAGCAGCACUGAUGAAGCCGCUCGACUAGGCCUCGUUCCUACUGACCAGUGGAAAAUCUACUCGCUACCAACAACUCCAGGUUUGUUGGUGAUUCCAAACCCAUUUAGAGAGGGCUGCCAGCACUACUGGGUUAGGAAGUGCCUGGUAGACUAUCCCUGUCUGCCUAAUGUCUGCAAUCUCGACACCCACGUGGGGAGGGAGGGAACGGGGCAGGUGUGGCCACAUGGACGAGGGGAAGGGAGAGAGGAGGACCUCCUGUACAAACUGAGGUGGACCACUCUGGGUUACCACUACGACUGGAACACCAAGCAGUACUAUGAAGACCGCAAGUCACCGUUUCCUCUGGACCUUGCACAGCUCUCUUCCUUCAUCUUGAGAGUUGCAGGAUUCCCGGGUUUCUUGGCAGAGGCAGGGAUUGUCAACUACUACCAUCUGGACUCCACUCUCUCAGGUCACACUGACCACUCUGAGAGAGACCUCUCUCAUCCACUACUCUCCAUCAGUUUUGGUCAGUCUGCUGUGUUUCUGGUUGGAGGAGAAACAAAGGGCCUCCCGGCUGGCAUACCACGGAGUCCCCAAGAUCAUCUCCCCACCUCCCACCACCCCUGUUCCCCCAGCUCUUCGCAGAGUCUCUCUACAGGACUACCUGCACAGCCGUGGAGGCACUUUGCAACCAUGUAGACUAGCAUCAUCUGGGCCACUCUGCCACGCGUGUCAGAGAAAGCAA